AUGACGAUCGGUGUCGCCAUUCUGGGCGCUGGCAUUUUUGCCAAAGGAGAACACAUCCCCGCCAUCCAAGCCUGCGACCGCUUCACCCUCAAGGCCCCCGACGCCUACUUUGACAAUGACCCGUCCAACCCGGACCGCACCCUCGCGGCCCUCCUCGCCCGCGCCGACGUGCACGCCGUCUUCGUCGCCUUACCCAUCGUCCACCAGCCCGCCGCCGUGAAGCAGGCCCUCGCCGCGGGCAAACACGUGCUCAGCGAAAAACCCAUCGCCAAGGACACCGCGACGGCGCAGGACCUCAUCGCGUGGCACGCCCAGCUCUCUUCCUCGGGUCCCUCGCCGGCCCCGCUCUGGGCCGUCGGCGAAAACUACCGCUUCCUCGACGCCGCCACCUACGCCGCCGCCCGCCUGCGCGAGAUGGGCGGCGACGUCGUCACCUACGGCUUCGAAAUGUUCAAGCUCGUCCGCCCCGACGACAAGUACUUCAACACCGCCUGGCGCAAGGUCCCCGACUACCAGGGCGGCUUCCUGCUCGACGGCGGCGUGCACUUCAUCGCCGGCCUGCGCUGCGCCCUCGCCGCCGUGGGCGAGGAGAUUGGCCAGGUCUCCGCCUGCACGUCUCUCCUGCAGGAGAGGCUGGCGCCCGUGGACACCGUUCACGGCGUGUUGGCUACGAGGAGCGGGCGCGCGGGUACGUUUGUCUGCUCGUUUGGCGCCGAGUUCAAGGCGGGCUUCGCCAUCGAGGUCGUCACGACCAAUGGCGCGGUGCGGUUCUCGCCCCGCGAGGUCACUGUCACGACGAGGGGCGCCGACGGGGCUAGAAUGGACGAGGUCCACUCGUUCGAGUCGUCGGGUACCGGUGUCAAGGCCGAGGCGGUCACGUUUGCGGAGAGCAUCGAGGCCGGUCGGAUAGAUUCGAGGCUCAGCCCUCAGGAAGCACUGAAGGAUCUGCGGAUUGUGCAAGCAUUGUUGGAAUCGGGGAGAGUCUGGGCGCGAGUCCCGCCCCAGCACCGCCUCCACGACCACGAGCCAAGACGACGCCGAAGACCGACCCUCGUCUACCAAGAUCCCACCGAGGGCCAGCCGGGCCGCGAGCGCGUGCGCAAGACCCGCAUCAAGGAGCGCGCCGGCGCCAGCGCCAAGAAGAGCGGUCUCAAGAUCAAGAUCGAGCUGGAUCUCGAGGUGGAACUGAACCUCUAUGCCCGCGUCAAGGGUGACGUAACCAUUAGCCUCAUUACCUGA